CACCUCCUCCAUCAGCUGCCUCUGUGAUCCAUGCACCUUUUCUGCCUCUGCUGAAGGUCGUUUCUUAUCCGUCCUCGUUUAGUGCGCGGCAGCCUCACCUUUCUCACUUUUCGCUACAAAGACUCAGUGAAUGGACUGCCAUACUUUAUAGUGCUGCGUCAAAAGAGGCGGAGUGAGGAAGAAAUUCAAUUUUUUGGUACCGGCACCAGGGGAGGUGGGGACGUGACGCGCUGAAAGGAAGAGGCAGCCCAUUGGCCGACGGAGGCGUCAGUCCUGCGUGCUGCUGCAGACAGACAGGCCACUCGAUGAAUAUGGAUGAGAGCAGUGAAAAGGGUGAUGCGGCAGGGAAGACCCCCCCCUUCAAACCGACGCAGGCUUGAACAAUGUGUGCCGUCUUUCACUGAAAACACUCGGCGCCUGCAUUAGCAUUUUCUCAGACAAUUGAGGCUCUGGCCAACUGCAGGCAUGGCUCGGAUGCUGCGGUGAAAUCGCUUUUUCUGCACCCACUGAUGAAUAAGACCUCGGUGAAAAAGGUCGACUGGCCGCAUUCCUCAACAGCAUCACUGCACCUAUGCCUAGGCUAAUGUUGAGAUCCCCUUCAGAGAUUUUGCCCUGGCAUUGAUGGCGAUCUGACGGAGGACUUUAGCAGCAGCAGAUCUCAGAAUGGAGGAGGGCGAGUACUUCCUGAAGGUGCUGAUCCCCAGCUAUGCGGCAGGCUCUAUAAUUGGCAAGGGGGGCCAGACCAUCGUACAGCUGCAGAAAGAAACUGGUGCCACCAUUAAGCUGUCCAAAUCCAAAGACUUCUACCCAGGUACAACAGAAAGAGUCUGUCUGAUACAGGGGACGGUUGAAGCCCUCAACAGUGUGCACAACUUCAUUGCGGAGAAGGUUCGUGAGAUGCCCCAGAGUGCCCAAAAGCCAGAACCUGUCAGCAUACUUCAACCACAGACCACAGUUAAUCCUGACCGCGUCAAACAGGCCAAACUGAUCGUGCCUAACAGCACAGCUGGACUCAUCAUUGGCAAGGGUGGAGCCACAGUCAAAGCAGUGAUGGAGCAGUCAGGGGCGUGGGUGCAGCUCUCCCAGAAGCCAGAGGGCAUCAACUUGCAGGAGCGGGUGGUCACCAUCAGCGGGGAACCUGAGCAGAACCGUAAAGCUGUGGAAAUCAUCGUGCAGAAAAUCCAGGAGGACCCUCAGAGCAGCAGCUGCCUCAACAUUAGCUACUCCAACGUCUCCGGCCCGGUGGCCAACUCCAACCCCACGGGCUCCCCCUACGCUAACACGGCUGAGGUGCUGCCCAAUGCAGCUGCGGCUGCUGCCACUGCCUCCAGCCUUCUGGGUCAGGCUGGACUGACAGGAAUGGGUGCCUUUCCUGCUGCCAUGUCCAGUUUCUCCGGCAAUGAUCUGCUGGCCAUCACCUCAGCCCUGAACACCCUGGCCAGCUACGGCUACAACACUAACACCCUGGGCCUGGGCCUCAACCCUGCAGCCGCCUCUGGAGUUCUUGCUGCAGUAGCAGCCAGUGCUAACCCAGCAGCAGCGGCUGCAGCCAACCUGCUGGCCUCCUACGCUAAUGAUGCCUCCAGCAGCGCUGGCCACCCAGCCACAGGCCUCGGUGGCUUCUCCUUGGGUUCCCUAGCUGCUGCUACUGGGGCUUCCAACGGUUACCUGAAUGCUUCGUCCCCUCUGAUGGCUUCAUCUCUUCUGGCAACAGAGAAGCUGGCAGAUGGGGCCAAGGACGUGGUUGAAAUAGCUGUCCCAGAGAAUCUGGUGGGUGCCAUUCUGGGGAAGGGCGGGAAGACGCUGGUAGAGUACCAGGAGCUGACAGGAGCCCGCAUCCAGAUCUCCAAAAAGGGAGAGUUCAUUCCUGGUACUCGGAACCGCAAAGUAACGAUAACAGGGUCGCCAGCCGCUACACAAGCAGCGCAGUAUCUGAUCAGCCAACGGAUCACCUAUGAGCAGGGCGUGCGUGCUACCAACCCACAGAAGGUGGGCUAAGAGAGCAUAGGAGAGAAAGUAAGGAAAGGAUGAAGGCAGAGAUAAAAGGGUAUUGAAAGAGUGGAGGUGUACAGAAAAAAAAGAAAUGUCCAAAUAUCGGUUCAGUAUUUCAGUAUCAAAGGAGAGAAUACAAAGGAGGUGGUGGGGAGACAACCAAGUGUGUUUGAUAUGUGAGUGUGUUUUUAGGACUGACGUCCUGAUGUUUUUUAAAAGUUUGUGUCAAGUGAUCAGAGUAAGCUGACCUGGUCCACUGCCAAGAUGCAGAUUAAAGGGUGAGGCCGCAGGGUUUUCCUCACCUCCAAAACCUAAUUUCUCUUUGAUUUUCCUUUUUUUGUUUGCUUAGUUUUGUAAGCUCUCGUUUGCCUUUCAGACUUUGGCUCCCCAGGACCCGAGUGUCAGAUGAAGAUCCAGCCGGGCUGUCGAGCUGAUUUACAAAGCUUGCUUUUGCAGAAAGCAUUGUCGAGAGGGGAGAGGUUUCAUUACGAGCACCUGAACUCAGCUCCACCUGUGGGGAAGCAAUCUGACUUUGAUUUAUUAAAAAGAAAAAAGAAAAAAAAGAUAGAGAAAAUCUUCUAUAUGUUGACAUCUGUUGAAUUCUGGCUCAUAUCAUAAUUGACUUUUCUAAAUUUGGGUAUUUUAUAUUUUCAUCCUUUAUUUAUUGAGACGGUCUCAUUUAAACACAAAACCUUAUCUAAACCUGUGAACACAGGUUGAUCUGAAUGUAAGAACAAUAUUAGCCUAUUGCUAUUUUUUAUUUACAGGGAUCAAAUAUUGUUUGCAGUGAAAGAAAUGUAUAACUCAAACCCAGACUGGACUUAACUGUUGCUGCCUGCAGGUAUAGUUCAGGGGUUAAGUAAUCAAUGUGAGAGGAUAGAGGAGACACAGGAAUGUAUAGAAAUAUUUUACAUAAACUCACAGAUAAUGUUCCCAUAAAUGCACAAACACUGAAACGUAUUAGAAAUUCAGUCACAGCUACAAACACAAAGAAAUAGUUUGAUAUUUUACCGUUUCUUGGUGCUAUAGCAUUAGGUUUUCUGCGGUUAAGUCCCGGUAUCUUGUUGGGAGGCUAACGUUAUGUCCUUCAGCCACGACUGGCUCAAUAAAUUUGUCUCCGCCUCUCAUCAAAUGACCAAUGUUCAUUUCAGCAUUUCGGGAUAAAAUGUCUUUCUGGUCAGGUUGUUACUACUCCAUAACAAGGCUUUCUGCUCCCCCCAAUUAAAACCUGAACCCCCAAUGAUUAAUCUUAUCCUGCUUAAUUUCUACGUUUUUGCGUCUCCCGAGAACCGGAGGUUCACGGCGCCCUGAAGCAUUGUCUCGCUCGUUCGGUUGAGAACACAAACAGAGCACGAUAAAAGCAUUUAAGUAGAAAAACUGUUUGAACCAAUAUCUGUGAUCCAAAUAGUACCAAAUAGUCCAGUGUCGUGCAGAAAAGGAAGGGGAGCAGAAGGACAGGAGAUGAAGCUUUUUGGAGUCACUUCCUGUGAGCCAUCCUUCCCAGUUCACAUCAAAACACGGAGAAGACAGAGCCGUCCCACACUUGUGUUCCCAGAGCUCGCGCUGAGCCUGUAAUAAAACAUUGAAGCUUUUGCGUCCCUCUGUUUCAUUGAAACCUGUUUGUCCAGCGUGGACAGGCAGUCCAGACGUACCUGGACUCCCCUCUGUGCUGCUAUCAUUCUGCGUGCGCUGAGUCUCUAAAGACUGCACUGUGAGACAUUUAAACAGACUGUAAAGCGCUUUCACCCCCAUUUGGGAUGUGAAUAUAUUUCAAUUUGCACAUCCAUGUUGCACGCAAGACCUACUAAUACUGACAGAGGGGAAAUCUCUACACAAGUAUUUACACACCCACGUCUUCUGAUGUUUCUGUUCAACGCCACACUUAAAUUAGUGGACAUUUUCCAACCAGCAGACUAGUUGAACCCUCCCCAUCUCGCCGCGCUGUUCUCUUCAGUCAGUUGUCCCGAUCAACCCGAGCUCUAUGAUCAGCUGGGUUAGCCCGAAGCUGUGAGGGUUGGUGCUGCCUGACAUGGUCAGAGAACAUUUUCUUUUCCACGAUUCAUCAGGAUCUGGAAGCGUUUAAAGCACCCCCGAACAGGUUUGCACCUUCAUCCAUAACUCCAAUCUGGCCACCGCUGAAAUUACAGCAAACGAGAACCUUUGACUGCCCAGGACUUUUGCAUAGUAAGAAACAAGCACAAAAAAAAGGCAUGUUUUAUCAAUGCAACUGGACUGCUCUUUUCCAGAGCUCUGACUGAUGCUUUGCACCAAAAUGCAGCUUGUGUUCUUUUUUCUCUGCCCCGCAUUAACUUUCCUCUUUCUCUCAGCAUUUCGGUCCUCUUCAUGUUCUGUCUGUCUGUGCGUCUUCCUGCUGCGUGCUCUCCCCGCUUUCUCCUUCCUCCUGUCUUGUCGUCUCAUGGGCGGGGCGUCGGCUGUGCUGCGGUGCAUUGUGGGUCGUGGGGAAAUGGAAAUAUUUUUCUUGCCUAAAGAGUUCACAAGGUUAAGACGCACAGAACACCUGCCUUCAAAACUGUGACACCCACUGAGAUCAACCAGCAGCGUAUCAGAAGAACAGGUCUGAUUUCGACGGGUUUAGCCUUUUUUAAAGAAGCGUCUUUUGUUUUUUAUUGUGAGGAAGGCAAAUCUUGGUUGGAUAAACAAUGACGUGACGGCACAGCUCAAGCUUCAGCCUCUUUAUAAAGCAUAGUUUGGACGGAAGGCAUACUAUAAGAAGCGAUGACCAUGGAAACUUGUUUGCGACCUCAAAGUGAAACAACAUCCUUUAUGCAUAUGCUGUUAUCUGAAAAUGACUAGAAAUCCUUUCUGUGGAAUACAAUAUGUCAUGUCAUAUGAUCUAUAUGUACUUUAUCGUAGCUAUUCUAGUUUGUAGUCCAAAUGCAGUUCAUCGUUGUCGAUCCAAUGUGAAACUCUGUUAUAUUUGUGCGGAUGGUGGGAGUUCAGGCAAAGCCCGAGUAAGAUUAGCUUCGCGAUUUGUUUGUGCAUUUUGAUGCUUCAUCAUCGGCCGGUGGUGUCCAUAUUCCUGUCACUGAUGAUUUAGUUUGACAGUAAGAAAAUGUAAAGAAUAUUGGAAGCAAUAUAGUAGCAUGUUGUCCUGUUUUGUGUUUUAUGUCUGUUGUAUGAACCUUUGAAAUUACUAAGAUUUUGAAUGAAUAGGUUUACAUGUACUUUUGUAAGUUAUGAAAAUGCUGCUAUUUGAUAAGUAAACUAUACAAAAUAUUUUAGUUUAAAAGAUGUCUGGUCCGUGGAUUUAGAGACGCGCUCCGGAAGGCCGGGGCAGAAACCCAGGUGUAAAGACAACUAUACAGUGUUCGGUAAGAUAAAGGUCAAAGUAAUAAUAGACUCUGUAGUGCGAAUUGUGCCAAACUAGACCUCUGCAGCUUCUGAAAUCAUAGAUGUGCGAUCAAAUGUUAGAUAUCAAUAACUUGUUUAGAAGUGCUGAUCAAGUGCCAAUCCAACAUUGUCAUUUAAGUUAAGAAAAGAUAAUCAAACAAAGGACAAAGAACUCUCUGUGCAUCGUUUUAUCCCAUAGCUACAUAGAGUAAGAGUUAAAGGUUGUGAUUUCUAUGGAUCCGCGUUGUUUUACACUCCACGCAUUUUUCGUGUGUUCGUUUGACCUGUGGCUUCAGUACUGCUGUUUUCCCACAAAUGUCUCUAUAGGCCAGCAUGGACAAAGCAUAACAUGUUAUAGGCAUUCAUAACACAGCCAUUAACAAUCCAAAAUGUGUUUGUGGAGUUAGAUGUUAUCUUUUUGCACGUCUUCUAUUGCAUGGUAUCAAAGUAAAUUAUGGAGGAAAAAAGGUUAUAAAAAAAACCAGCGAGUGUCUCGCAAACAUUCAAGGACAUAACACUGCAUGCAGUCAGAUGUAAAGCUCUUCAGUUUCCUCGCCUCAUGUGGAAAACCUUUCUUUAUGUCGUGAGUUGGGAGGGAGGGAGCUCAUUGUUGUCAUGUUGGCCCGAAAAAGAAAAAAAAAGACACGCGUGAGAGCCGCCGUCUCUCAUCCGCUCAUCCGUCCCGCCUUCAUCAGAGAAGAUGUUCUGCCUCACGCCCCCGUGAGGCGUGAACAUGCCAACCAGCUCCUUGUGGUACUGGAUAUCAGGCCUGCAUUUCUUUAACAAACAGGUUGAACCUCACUCAUUCUUUCCUGUGAUCUGUUUUACAAGACUUCAAGGCCCAGAUCUACUCGAUGAAUGUACUCACGCUUUCUCUGUUUGACCUUCUGUUUUUAUCUGUCUUCAGUGAAAUUCAGGGCAGGAAUGUUAACUUCAUGUCAAGUGAGUAUCUGUGUCGGUGACAUGCUUCACCUGCAGUCAGGUAGGCCUCCUGCGGCCGAACUCAUAAAGCAGAUCUGUUCAAGGAACUUCCGAUUCGCUGUCAACACAAGAUUGUGUGUUUGUUGUUGUAUAAAUGCACUUUACUGAUCAGAGGGUCAUACUGGGUGUGAAAUGACGCAAACUGUUUUACAGCUGCUCUGUUCUGAGUUGUUUUCUUUUUUCCGGCUUUUCUUUGUUGUUGAGAGUCUGAGGCUGCUUUCAUUUCUUUCUGUAUUCCCUGAACCUGUUGGGUCUCAUGAGUGAUGGAAAGGGCUGGAUUCUCAGACUAACUGGAAGAGUAGCGCCUGUUCCCUCUCCAAGGCUCCCCGUCACAUUCCCAGCAGCAGAGGUCUGCGUCAGUCACUGAGUGCUUUGUUUGCAGCAUUCACUUCCGUCCCCUUGCUUUCAAAGAUCCGAAAUUAGAAAUGCUUAUUUUUCCAGCUGAUCAGGAUGAAAGGUUGAGCUUCGCCUGAUAUUAAAACUACAACUGAAAGUCUCAGCUCCAGCAAAGAGCCGAAGGCUUCUGCCUCUUCAUCGCCAUGAGACACUGAAGGGACUUUCUCAUUGUUUUGAGUUGUUUGUCCACGAGUUUCAGCUUCACGUCUGAGUCCCGAUGAACCGCAGGAUCAUUCCGAAAAAAUUAUCCUGAUUUUAAGAUCUCCUGGACAUUCGCUCCACGCCCCCCCACCACAGAAGAGGCUUGGACUGCUCUGAAUGCUACAAACUGAUACAAGCUGCUCUCUUUAAACCAGUUCUCGCCUUUUCCACAGCCUGCACAACGCCACCGUUAGAGUUUGAUCCACCCGCCCUGCAGCACAGGAUCUGCUCCCCACAACACACAAGGCCAUCAUCGUCUUUGUUCACCGAACCUCCCAUGAACUUUGCUGACCUUUUUCAUCCCCACUAACUUCUAUUUGUACAUGUUGAAGCUUCAACUGUCCAACUCUGUGAGACUGUUUAUGUUCUGCUGAUCUGGACUGGUCUGCAAGCUGCUGGAAUGCAAACGGAGGAUUGCUUGUUGGUUCCCUGCAAAUGUUCUCAUACUUUUUCCAGAGUUUGUUCUUGGUCUCUACUCGUUCCAUUUCAGAAUAAAAUGGACUGACAGCAUACGAUCCGGUAAUUCCAACUGAGGCAAAUGGAUGUUUUGUUGAUUGGGUAGAUUUCUUGAUUAAUAACAACAGUUGCUUUCUAUCAUUUGUUACAAACCAUCAAAGGGCUUUCAGGGAGAACAUGUCUGUGUUUUCCAACCGGAAAAGUACCUUUGAACAUGUUUAGAAAUGAAAAACGCCUUUUUGUGCCAUUUUAGUAAAAGUGUCAAAACUUUCAACAGCAAGUUUUUGCCAGUAAAAGUGCCAAAUAAUUCUUCGCUGAGCCAGCCUGCAUCCAUGUAGGAAGACGGGGAUGGUUCUGUCCCACCAUGAAAAACAUCUGCCUGACUGUACGGCCUUUUGAGCUCAUGUUCCACCAUUGUUAUGCUGCCAGUCUGUUUUCUGCUUCUGUCAGAAACAUCUCAGAAGCAGUAAAUAUUUUCUAGACGAUGUUAAAAAGAAAACAGUCACUGUGGUGAGGGAAUGAGAGGACUUCAUUGUUCUUAUCGCUUUAUUUGACAUUAUUCAUUAAUAAAUUUAACGGUAAUGACUAUUUAAUGUAACUGUAGUACUGUGUUUGUAAAAGAAAUUCAGUGAGUUGUGUUUUAUGACUCGUGGACUACCAGUGAAGUCAGCAUUUCAGUGUCAAUAAUUGAAUUGUUUUUUAAAGAUUAUUUUUGCGACGGCAACAAAGAGUCAUUAUAAAUGUUCAUUUUAACAUCA